AUGGCGAGCAUCCUGUGCCAUGGCAUAUAUGCCGCUCCCGUGCUCGGAGAGCACCAAAUGAACACUGCGGCCACCGGGUGGCAAAUCUGCCAGUCCGUGGGAUUCUGCAUUGCCGAUGUUCAUACUCAGAAUUACUGCUGGGAUGACCUAUCGUAUCUCCUAGCGCAUCCGCCCGCCAAGAGCUGGCAGGACCAACCCAAGUACUGCACGCAGUGCAACCGCCUCAUUAUCGAGUACUUCAACUCCACCACCAGUGGCAGCCCAUCCAACACCCCAUACUUUAGCGUUGGUGGUCUCAAACACAACCUUGAUCAGCAUUGCGGCCAAGGCUUCCUCUCGACCGGCACAAUCACCCAGCCGGGCAAGCUGAAGGGCCACACUGUUUCGGAUAGCGAUAUCUUUAUCUCGUUUGACUCGCCGGUGCCCCGCCGCCACUCGACAGUCCAGAAACCCUCCCGAUCCCUAAGCCAUCCGACCGCGCACCCGUCCAUGAUCUAA